AAAAUAAAAGAUAUUGUAUUUUGCCCACCAACACUGCAUUAACUUAAUAAUGGAAGAUAAUAAGGAUGAAACAAAUUUCAAUUUGCUCCAAGACAAGCACGACAAUCACCAAAUCAAGGCUUACAAACGUCGAUGGAUUAUUUUAACAUUUUUCAUAGUCUACGCAGCUGUAAAUUCCUACCAAUGGAUCGAAUAUUCAAUUAUCAACAACAUAAUCACAAGAUAUUACAAUGUUACCCCCGUGAUGGUGGACUGGACUUCAAUCAUUUACAUGGCCCUUUAUGCACCUUUGGUCAUCCCAGCUUCCUACAUUUUGGAUAAACAUGGUUUACGCGCUGCUGGGCUAAUUGGGGCCCUAGGGACAGCCCUUGGAACCUCAAUCAAGGUAUUCUCAAUCGGGCGUGACUCCUUCUGGAUUGUCCUUCUGGGCCAAGCAGUGGUCUCAGCAUCCCAACUGCUAAUUCUAUGUCUACCACCACGAAUAGCAGCCGUUUGGUUCAAACCCAACGAAGUUUCAACUGCUUGCUCUCUUGGGGUAUUUGGAACCCAACUUGGUGCCGCUCUUGGGUUCGUUCUGCCACCCAUGAUAGUCCAAAAUCGUGAAAAUGUCGACGAAAUUGGACACGAUUUGAAAGUGCUGUGUUGGGGGCUUACAGCUGUCAUCAUACCAACAGCAAUUGCAAUCAUAUUUUAUUUUCCCAUGCAACCGCCAAAACCGCCAAGCAUCACGCAAGUGGAAGAAAGAAAUCGGACUGAAAAAUUUUCAGGGAAAUUGUUUUUUCACUCUGUUUCAGUUCUAAUGAAAAAUGUGCCUUUUGUGAUUCAUGUCAUAGCUUAUGGUAUCAAUAUUGGUGUUUUUUCAGCAGUUGGUACUCUUCUAAACCAACUGAUUUUGCGUUAUUUCAAACACUUGCCAGAUGCUGAAGAGUUUGCUGGGAGAGCUGGUCUAGUUAUGAUAGUGAUUGGGAUGGUGGGGUCUAUCUUAUUUGGGAUAUUCCUCGACAAAACACAUAAAUAUAAGGAAACCACCGUUUGUACUUACUUGAUGUCUUCAGUGAGUGUUGUAGCGUUCAUGUUUGCGUUAGAAAUGAAGUCGAAAAUUUUGGUUUAUCUUGCAAUUGGAGUGGUUGGUUUAUUUACAAAUGCGUAUAUGCCAGUAGGUUUCGAGUUUGCCAUGGAAUUGACUUACCCCUCUUCUGAGGGUACUACCACAGGAUUGCUAAUGGCACCCUCACAGGUUUUAGGAGUUGUUUUUGCGUUAAUGUUGGGCCAACUUAACGUUUUAAUUGGACCGUUUUGGUCUCUAGCCAGUCAAGUCUUAUUGCUAGUAGUUGGCACUGUUAUUACAUGGUUUGUGCCAAAUAAUUUGAAGAGACAGGAGGCCUUCAAACGUAGGAAAAAUGACGAUAUUUUGUUAAAGGAAAUUAAGCGUUGAAUAUUAUGUUGUAAUAAAAAAUUUUGUUAUU